UUCACUGGCCUGUCAUUCCCUGUGCCCACUGGGCCUGAUCCGCAUCGGUCUGACACCGUGUCUAUUAUCUGAUCCUGCGCUCAGAUCUGCUGGCCUUGGACAAAAAGUCCAGUCCACAAAAGGCUGUGGAUCAUCAGCACUUUGAUUGUGGGACGUCCUGAUGGUGUGUCGUGACUCAGUGUGGCCCCCGCUCACUGACACAGGAGCUGAAGGCCGAGCGGUCGCCGUGUGUGUCUGUGGUUGUGUGUUCCCGUUCACACUGUGGAGUCGGCAGAGACCAGCGUGUGUCUCGUGUUCGUGUCUCUGUGUGAAAGCUCGGACUUUGCUGCCGUCAUGGCGUCUUUUAAGCUGGAUUUUCUCCCUGAGAUGCUGGUGGAUCAUUGCUCUUUGAACUCCAGUCCUGUAGGGAAGAAAAUGAACGGUUCUCUGGAUCAUCCCGAUCAACCCGACGUCGACGCCAUCAAGAUGUUUGUGGGGCAGAUUCCACGCUCCUGGUCGGAGGAGCAGCUUCGCGAGCUGUUUGAACCGUUUGGAGCUGUCUACGAGAUCAACGUCCUGAGAGACCGGAGCCAGAAUCCCCCGCAGAGCAAAGGUUGCUGUUUUAUAACAUACUACACUCGUAAGUCCGCCCUGGAAGCACAGAACGCUCUGCACAACAUGAAGAUUCUGCCCGGGAUGCACCACCCGGUCCAGAUGAAGCCUGCGGACAGUGAGAAAAACAAUGCGGUGGAGGACAGGAAGCUGUUUGUCGGUAUGAUCUCAAAGAAGUGUAACGAGAACGACAUCCGACUCAUGUUCUCACCGUACGGACAGAUCGAGGAGUGUCGGAUACUCCGGGGCCCGGACGGACUCAGUCGUGGUUGUGCAUUUGUGACGUUCACAGCUCGACAGAUGGCACAGUCGGCCAUCAAGUCCCUGCACCAGUCUCAAACCAUGGAGGGCUGUUCGUCGCCCGUCGUGGUGAAGUUUGCAGACACUCAGAAGGACAAGGAGCAGAAGCGCAUGGCCCAACAGCUGCAGCAACAGAUCCAGCAACUCAGUGCUGCCUCCAUGUGGGGGAAUCUCACCGGACUCAACAGCCUGGGACCACAGUACCUGGCUGUGAGUGUGUGCGUGUGUGUGUGCGUGAGUGUGUCAUCAGCAUCAGUUAAACAUUUGUUUUUCUCUGUUUUCUCCUCUAUCCUUCAGCUGUACUUACAGCUGCUGCAGCAGUCGACCUCCACAGGGAAUGCACUCAACAACCUGCACCCUGUUUCAGGUCUUAAUGCCAUCCAGAACCUGGCUGCUCUGGCUGCUGCAGCGACUGCCUCACAGGCCACGCCCACUGGCUCCAGCGCCAUGACAACAUCCAGCAGUCCACUUAGUGCACUCACUAGCUCAGGCUCCUCCCCCACCUCCAGCAGUAACUCUUCAGUCAACCCCAUAUCUUCUCUGGGUGCUCUGCAGUCUUUGGCUGCUGGUGCUGGAGCUGGACUCAACAUGAGCUCCCUGGCAGGCAUGGCAGCGUUAAAUGGCAGCCUUGGUUCUGGAGGUUUGUCUAACUGCUCAGGAAACACCAUGGAGGCUCUGAGCCAGGCGUACUCAGGCAUCCAGCAGUACGCUGCUGCCGCCGCCAUCCCCAGUCUGUACAGCCAGAGUCUGCUGCCUCAGCAGAGCGUGUCCGCCGCGGGCAGCCAGAAAGAAGGUCCAGAAGGAGCCAACCUGUUCAUUUACCACCUGCCGCAGGAGUUUGGAGACCAGGACCUGCUGCAGAUGUUCAUGCCCUUUGGAAACGUGGUCUCUGCUAAAGUCUUCAUCGACAAACAGACAAACCUCAGCAAGUGCUUUGGUUUUGUGAGCUAUGAUAACCCUGUGUCGUCACAGGCAGCGAUUCAGUCCAUGAACGGCUUCCAGAUCGGCAUGAAGAGGCUGAAGGUGCAGCUGAAGCGCUCGAAGAACGACAGCAAACCCUACUGACGCUGCCGAGGCACUGCAGGCUUAGUUAGACAGGGUGGUGUGAUGGUAAGUGGAGCAUAAAUCAUCCGUGAGUGACUGGUCCACACAAACGUGCUGCUGGUCUUUGCGUCGUGUCCGCAGAGACCAAACAAGUCCAGAUACAUGCCACACAUUUGUUUUUGGUCAGACUGGAUUGUUCCGCUCUUCUUCAUCUGAACACAUGAAAGAGGAAACAGGUGUUUUUGAGUUUCUCAUGUUCUCACUUUGCUGUGCUAAAUAAUACACUGUCAUUAUUGUUGCUGCA